GCCGCUAAUUGAUUUAUGUCACGUACGACGAGGAAAACUAGUUUUCAACGGGCUAUUCUUUGGUGGGUGGGUUUCCACGGAUUGGAUUGGAUCAGCUGCAGACGCAGCGAAUUCCUGGGCUGCAGCACUUUUCCACUGAAUGAGCUAGUGCAUCCGGAGUCGGGCAUCAUCACGGCAGGAUCCUACAAGCUGCAGGCACAGGCAUGUCCUCCGCCUAACAACCGCCAGAGUCAACGAAAAAGAGCCAACGCAGGCCAGGAUCGCAAGCAGGAAGCGGAAAAGGAUCAGGAGCAGGAUCAACCGGAGGAUCAUUCGCCCGCAGGAAUGGCAGCCGCCGCCACAGUCACGCCCCAAAAACCAAUUGCCACAGGAUCCGGAUCGGUAUCUGGAUCCGCAGCAGUCAUGCCAUUGAACGACGAGGUGAUCAGCAUUAGCAUCGAUAGCAUGGGCAAGGAGGAUCUGUUGCUGCCCCAGCAGCCCCAACAGCCGAUGAAGCUGAGCAAGAAGGCCCUCCAUCAGCGGGAUGCGGACGAGAAUCUCUUUCUAAGAUUCCUGGAACUCGAUCCACCAGCGGAUGGCAAUGCGAAUAGUACAACCCAGGCACAAACGACGGGUCAAUCGUCGGUUCAAUCGACAUCCUCGAAGGCCAACGAGAGUAAUGCCAAUCAUCUGAAUAAUGGGACAUCCGGUGGUGGUAGGAGACAGUCCACCAUGCCAAAUAAUGGUGGAGCAGGCGGUGCAGGUGGAGCUGGAGGAGGAGGAGGAGCUCCCCGCCAGCAGCCAGGACGAACGCCAUUCACCAUGACGAAAAGACUCACACGCACCGAGGAGCGGGGCUUUGGUUUCUCCAUCGUUUGGACCCAUCCGCCGCGCGUGGAGAAGAUCGAGGCGGGAUUGUCGGCCGACCGAUGCGGCAUUCUGCCCGGAGACUAUGUGAUCUUUGUGGACAAGCACAAUGUGGUCACGAUGCCCGAGGCUGAUGUUCUGAAUUUGAUACGAUCGCAGGGUUCGGCCUUGACGUUGGAGAUAUUCAGAAGGUCAGGCGCGGGCGCCACAACAAUCACGACGGCAGAUUUGGGCCAAAACAAUACCAGCAUGAGCAGUCGGCUGGGCGUGGCAGUGGGUUUGGGCGUGGGCCUGGGUGUGGGUGUGGGUGGCCUGGGUAGCGAGGAGCACACCCUGGCCACCACCACCACCGGAACGACAACCGUGAUGAGUCUGCAGAGGACCGCCAGCACGAGGAUCCAGCCGGUGGGCAAUAGCCUGAGUCGACCGGCCACCGCCUGCUCCGGAACCACUUCAUCCAUCGAGGCGGCCAAGAGGAGGCUCCACCUGCCGCAAGUCACCUUCAGCAAGGAGUCGAUUGUGCCCAUUACGGACAACCGUAGGCGCUUCCUGCUUCAGCUGAUCAGUCGGGAGCAGAACUUCACGGCUGCCCUGCACUUCGGAGUGGAUCGAUUCGUUCAGCCGCUGGUGGAGCGAAAGGAUUUGAUCUCGCCGAACGAUCAUCGCACCUUGUUCCAGAACAUCGACGAGCUGCUGAGGAUCGCCGAGGACAUCCUGGAGCAGUUGUGCAGCAGCGAGCAGCAGGAUCAGGAACCGCACAUGAACUUCGCCUCCCGGGUCUACCUAUCGAAGACCACGGCAAUUUGUGCGGCAUACAAGAAGUACUGCAAUGGCAUCAAACGGGCGGAUUGUGUGCUGGUCAAUAAGUCGCGACAAACGGGCUCCGAGUUUAUAGCCUUCAUCACGGAACCGGCGGUGCCGCGCAAGAGACCCGAUCUCACCAUGUUCAUCCAUCGACCACUGCAGCACUUUCGCGAGAUCCUUAAGCUGAUGCAGUUGCUCGCCGGGAAUUGUCAUGUGGACACGGAGGAGCACAAGAACUUUAGCACGGUCAUCAACGAGCUGCAGGCUGCCUACAGAGAGAUCACAGUUAGCAGUGGCCUAAUGGAGCCACUGGGCGAGGGUCGUCCCCUGUUGACCCUCCAGGAUCUGGAGUCCCGUAUGGUCUUCACCAAAUGCAAGCCCUUCACGCUGGCCGUCCAGGGUCGCCAGUGGAUCUUUGGUGGCGAUCUGUCGCGGGUUGAGGGUCGCUCGGUAAAACCCUAUUGGACCCUGCUCUUCAGCGAUAUCAUUGUGUUUGCCAAGGUCAGCCGAGAUCGAGUCCUGUUCAUCACGGAGGAGCCCAUUCCCAUCGCCAAUGUGGUGGACUCUUGUUUCCACAUGCGCAAGAAAACCACCGAGUUCCGUCUCACUGUGGAUCCUAAUGGUCGUCUGGCGGAGAGUCCCACGGGCUAUUGUGCCCCCGAUCUCACCCGCACUCCAAAACGAGGAGCCCGCCGCAAGAGUCUUAUAUUGAGAGCACCCUCUUUGGAACUAAAGGCCGUCUGGCAGAAUCUUCUCCAGCGGCAGAUAUUUCUAGUGAAUGCCGCUCUGGGCUCCACACCACUGUCCAGUCCCUUGGACUCGCCGGAUGUGCUCAACACCCUGGUGCCGCUGAGCGACAUUGGACUGACCACCGCCUCGAUGGGUUCGAUGAAGCUGCCCUCGCUGGACAGCAUACACCUGAAGCAGCAGCAGAAACAGCAGGUGCGUCUCUUUCGCAGCAAGCGCCUGGACAGCGGUGAUUCCUACGAGAAUCUGCAGAGGCUGGCCAGUGCUGUCCGGCACCACUGUGCCAGCACCACCACGAGCAGCGCCACCCAGACGCAGUCGCAUCCGCAGCCGCCACUUUGCACCACCUCGCUGCCCUCGCGCACCACCUCGCCCGCCCGAAACCACACCCAUUAUCAGCAUCACCAUCAAAGCUACCAAAACCACCUGUCGGGUCAAGGUCAUGUGGGCGGCAGUAGUGGUUCGGUGCCCAAUGGAGUGGGUUUGGGUGGGUCGUCGUGCCUGACCAGCAGCAGCGCCAGCUUGAUCCAAACCCAAUCGCAAGUUCACACCCAGACCCUCAAUCAUUCGCAGACCCACUCGCAGACCCAAACCUCAGUUCUGUCCCUCUCGAGUUGCAAAUGCCUAACGGCCAUUCCGGAGGUCACUAGUGAACCACCACCACCCAUCAACCUGAACCCGAAUCCGCAUCCCUCCCAGAAACUCUUGGAGUUCAGCCUGAGUUCAGUGGGCCGUUCCUUUAUCGAUGAGUCCGGCGGAGUGGUUGGUGGUCAUGGUCAGGUGUCCCUGACGACGCCAGAGACCCCAACACCCAAUAUUUCACCCACAACCUCGCAGCCCUGCAACUCGGAUGCCUUCUCCAAUGAUUUUGUGGCAACCUCCACAAGUCGGCAAGCGGGUGGGGGAGGGAGAGGGUCAAAUAUACCUCUAGCCGAAUUCGGAGGCUCUUGGGAUCUCCUCGAGCUCGACCUUCAGCUGCACGAGGUCAAUCUGGAUCCCUGCUAUGACACGGAUGUGGAGGAGUGCAUCUUCCUGGGCGACGAGGAGGACAGGGAGGGCAUCGAGGGCCAGGGACACGACGAGGACAGUGACGAGGACGAUAGCGUGGUGGUGGACGAUCCCUUUGGCAUGCUACCCACUAGACCAACGCCGCCGGACUCGCUGGACCUGUGAUUUGACUUCUGGCUACAGUCAGACCCCGUUAACAGCCCCUUGCCGCACAAUCUUUGAAUAUUGACGAGCUUACUCAACAACUAUGUUACCACUGAUCUACCCAACAAAAACAACAAGCCUCUUCUCUAUAUCUCUUUACUAUCUAUGAAUAUCCAGCUCAAUCGCCGUUUUGCUCUGCUUUUGCCUCAGCUUUUGGCCAAGUUUCCCAUACUCACAACAAUCACAACUUUUUCAGUGUAGUGGCAGCCUCUCUUUGGAAGAUUGGGGAUUGACUUUGCCAGGAUAUCAGAAUCGAGUACCGAGUAGUGCGAUUAAAACGAGUGAAAUCGAAAUGGUAAAAGAGAUAAAAGAAUGUAUCACCUGGAUAUAGGAAGUUCUAGAAAUGUCGGGAAGGUUCCAGAUAUCUCUAGACCCUUUUCAAGUUGAAACCACAUGCUUGGAUAAAUCGAUGGAUUUCCCAUAGAUCUAGGCAUGCUCUACAAAAUUAUUUCAUAGAGAUUUUUGUGGCACUCCCGAUAAUUUCUGCUGCUCAUAGAAUACUCUUCAGGUAGGAACAGCUCCAAUUCAGUAUUCAUGGACAUGGUCGAAGCUUUUUAGAUCCAGGUGAUAAGCAUAUGUGCUUAAUUGACUCUAAUUGCGAGUGAGAAGUGACAAUUAUCCGUGGAAAAUUGUACAUAGACAUAUAACCAUCGCUCCCUAGGUGUACGUAUCUCUGUUGUGUAUUGUAUAUACUCGCGUAUUGACAUCCAUACCAUAUAUAUCCCAUUGAGUAACCCUCCCCGUAUAUGGUAUUCGAUCCAUCCAAGUCGAUUUUGAAUCGAGUGUAAAUAGCAAUAAACCGAUGGACGCGAGCAGAGAUUAAUAUUCAAUGCCGAUUGUAUGUGUGUAACGCUAGUUCUUAGCUCUUUUUAGUAAUAUACUUAUAUGCGUAUACAUAGUAUACACACCAUAGAUAUACAUAGCCAUACUUAUAUGUAUAUAUAUAUAAAUAUAGGUAUUUAGCUAGUCAAUUAUACACAACACAGAUGCAAAAUCUGGGACACGUUUUACAAGAGUUUUUAGCUUAUAGAUAUAUAUAUACAUAUAUAUAUCCUACAAUAUGCAUAUAUGUGCAAAUACCUAAUCACUCUAUUCGUAUUAACCAUUCGAAAUGAACUUUUUUGCCAAUCCAACGAGAAAAAAACCAAAGAAACAAGACCUAAUUGAAAUUAUACUAAUGUUAAUAAUGCUUCCAUUUUGUAGCCAAAUUGAAAACCUAUUGAUUACUGUUAUUGCUGUUGUUAUCCUACAUUAGCCUAGUCCUAGUUUCUCCUCGGAUCGGAUCCUCUUCGUAUGAUAAGUUGACCCAUUAGCCAAAUUUCCUCUAGUCUCGCUCGAAUAAUGGAAUUACCCAAUUUAGUUGAACUCGAUUGGCCAGAACAAAUUGAAAUUGAAACAAAUCAAAAUCUGAAUCAAAAUCCAAAUCGCAAAAUCCAAGUUGUAUAUACAUAGUACUUUCCUAUAUACAAACAUCCGCAUAAAUAUUUAUCUAGUAUCAGUAUGUGUAUCCUCACAGCUCUAGUGAAACUUUGCUCAGUCGAAGGACUUUUGGCUGGAUGGCAACCAUAUUUGCUACUUUCAUGUAUCUGAUUGAUUAAUCGAUGUCAAUUAUCUAUGACAAGCACUUUGUUGCCUUUGAAAAUCUAUCUUCAAGCUAACCACAUACAUAUAUUUAUGAAUAAGCAUAUAGCUCAGCACUCAAUUGCCUUUGCACAGUGGGACAAAAUUCACUGAAUGGGAAGUAGUUUGUUUGAAUAUAGUUUUUAGAUAUUUUCUAUCGAAAUUUUUAACUUAAUUUCAUUUAUUCUUUAUGUUUUUGAUUAGUUUUGAUAAGCAAUCUAAUAAUAUCAUAUUAACAAUACCAAGUGUAGUAUUUAGAUUUCGUAGUUCUUGCUUUCCAAAUAUUAAGCAUACAUCUAUAAAGUUUUUGAACCCUUUGGCAAUUUGGUCCCACAGUGCGGAUUUAGUUUGGUGCAAACACACCAUCCAGCCAGGAGUUUACACUUAGCAUACACACCCACACACUAACUAAAGCACACCCACACAGAGACACUCGCACACAGACAUCUAUUGCAAAGUUUAAGUGAUUGUUGAAUAUCAAGCAUACGCCGCGUUAUCUUUUGCGGUCUGGUUUUUGUGUGUGCCUUGAGCAGUAAACAACAAAUUUCUAUACACCCUAUAUAUACAUAUAUAUAUAUAUACCAGAUACGUAUAUACAUACUUACUAUUUAUAUUCACAUUCAUAUUCUGUAAACCUCAUGUACGUCUAGAAGUUUUCGAUUUAUGGUUUUUCGACAUUUUACAUGACACGAGAGGAUCGAGAAUCGACCAUCGAUGUAUCGAGCCGUUUGAGAUUGAGAUUGCGAAGAGAAACGAUGAAUUCAAAUAAUAAUAAAAACCAAAUGAUUCUUUGACUAAAAA